GCAGGCCUACUGAGAAGGAGUUCACAAUAUAGACUCCUGGAUUAUUAGCAGAAAAUAGCAGCUUGAUGCUGGAAAGGAAGGAGACAUGAGAAAAAAAUUUUCUCAUAGUGAUCUGCAAGCGAAUUCCAUGGAUUCUCUACUUUGGAACAAUCAUCAUUAGAAAGAAAGCCUAAAAGAUGGAUCUGGGAAAGGCAAAGCUGCUGAGAACUGGCCUCAAUGCUUUAUAUCAAGCUAUCCACCCGGUGCAUGGAAUUGCCUGGACAGAUGGGAAGCAAGUGAUACUGACUACUCUGUACUAUCAAAAUGGAGAGCUGAAGUUUGGAGACUCAAGCAUUGUUGGUCAAUUUGAACAUGUGCAUGGACUUUACUGGGGCCCAUGUUGCUCUACAGACACCCCAGCUCUGCUUGCUAUUCAGCACAAAAAGCACGUAAGCAUUUGGCAGCUGGUCUACAGCAGUGCAGAGAAGAAAAAGCCCUUGAUUUCUCAGACUUGUGAGGUUGGUGAGCCAUUUCCACUGCUUUCUCAGGGCUGUGUCUGGCAUCCAAAGAAGGAGGUCUUGGCUGUGCUUACAAAACGAGAUGCUUCAGUCUUGCAUGCCGUUCGUACUGACAAUACGCGGGUUAAAGCGGAGAUCAAAAGCAGCGGACUCAUCCACUGUGCCUGCUGGACUAAGGAUGGUAAUCGUUUAGUGGUUGCUAUAGGCAGUGCCCUGCACUCCUACAUAUGGGAUAAUGCUCAGAAAACUCUGAAUAUCUGCUCCUUUUGCCCAGUUUUUGAUGUGGGAGGUUAUAUCUGCGCUAUAGAAGCCACUCUGGAUUUCCAAAUUGCUGUAGCUACUGAGCUUCCUUUGGAUAAUAUCUGUGGUUUCAAUGCAGGCAUUGCAUUUGAUGUGCCCUCUGGUACAGAAGCUGGUUCUUUAAUCUCACAGUCUGCUUUGGUGCUUGGUGAUGAGGAAUACUCCAUGGACACACGAAGAAAGUCCAUAGAUUCAGAUAGAUCAGGUGUUGAUUCAGUUGCUUCUUCUUCAUCAGGUCCUGUGGAUUUGACCCAUAUCCUUGCAAACCACCGUCGGUCUGAUCCCAGUCCUCUCCUUACUCUGAAACACAAAGACUCUGCAGCAACAAAUGGUCAAGAUUCUUCUCACUUGAUCUUGGUGACUUUUGAGAGGAAGGUAACGACCACCAGAAAAGUCACCAUCCCAGGUAUUCUGGUUCCUGAUAUAAUGGCCUUUGACUUAAGAGCUCAGAUUGUGGCAGUAGCCUCUAACACUACUAAUAUUGUUCUGGUGUAUUCAGUAACCUCUUCUUGCAUGCCUCACAUUCAACAAAUCCAGCUGGAAAAAAAUGAAAGACCAAAGGGCCUAUGCUUUUUAACAGAUAAACUCUUAUUGAUUCUGAUUGGCAAGCAGAGGUUCCCUGAGCCUAAUCUCAUUCCAUCUUCAAGUUCAGACAGGUAUAUAAUGCGUCUUAUGGUCAAAGAAUUGAUGCUGGAAGAAAAUUCUUCAGCAUUGCCUGAGACUAAGCAGAAUAUGUUUUAUAACUCUGAAUCCUCUGUUAAUAUACCUGGAAAAAGAAAAUUCUUUGAGAAUCUUGCCACAGAAGACCAACCUCAAAUCAAGGAGUUGUUAAUACCAAGAAGCACAGUUAUUCAGUCUCCAAGUGGCAGGAGAAGACUCAUUGAAGAAGUAAAGAGCCCUAGUUAUGAGCAGAGCUCUUCGUCAAGUGUGAGUGACCUGGAUGAAAAAAGGCUCCUAGGUGACUCCUCAGUGGCCUUGGAAACACUGGAUGCUGAACCCAUGAACCGCUCAGUGUCUCUUCGUGGUUUUGGAUCACCUAGCAGGAUUUCCAGCAGACCAGCAUCCCCUAAAGUGCAGUUCAAUGUGAUCCAAGAAACAUCAAAUUCUCCUAAAAACAACAAUUUGCCAAGUGAAAGGGGAAUGAGUCACAUAUCUAGAAAUUUGGAGAGACUUUGUGGCAGUUUCAAUGACUUACAGCUGAGUCUUUCUGAAAUCACGGACUUUGCUAGGAACGGGAGGAGGAUAUCCUUCGCCUACCCAUGCUCCCAGGAACCACCUGUCGUGCAUGUCACUUACCAGAAAAGCUUUUCAAAUGGAUCAGUUGCUGAAGAAACAAAAGAUGUUCUCCUCUGUGAUGGCAAGAUUCAUUUGAGUUUAGUCCAGCAGCUCUUUGAUCUGCCUGUUAUUGAAAUGAAACAUGGUUCUUCUUGGAUUGUGCUCACUGCAGACAAGGACGGCUUUGUGCCAUUAAUAUUCAAAGCCACACAAGAGAUAAUCAUAAGGGAUGGAACUGACAGUUCAGAAGUCUACGGAGGUCACUCCCGCAAGAAAAGCAUCCCAAUGCGACCACCAAGCAGGGUGACAUAAUUUCUGAACAAAGAACCCCAAUGACCUUCUUUUCUCCUACAACACAGGGACAUUCUGUGGUUUCAGACACUGAGAGACUAGAAAGCUGUUUUCACUACUUUCCAUGUAUUGUAACUGUAAAAUCUGUGGCAUGGUUACACUAUAGCUCCAUCCUCGGGUUGGCUGGAGCCUCAUGAUCUCUUCUGAAGGACUGGACCUACAGUGAAGUUCACCACAGCUGCUGCUAUUAAUGGCUGUCAUGGACUGCAGUGGAGAGACUGUUGUCUACUUUGAUUGAGGUCACUGUGUUCUUGGAGGAAUGGUAUUACACUAAAAAUCAUGCAUGUAACAACAAAUCUAGCUGGUGCAGGUGUACAGUCUACAUAAAACCUGAAGAAAAUACAACUAAAGAGCCUUUAUAUUCAUUAAGGAAAACCAGGAUAGGAAAAUUAAAAAAAAAAAAGAAAAUUGCUUCCGCCUCUUUUCUGUUCCAGCUGGAUCCCAUGGAAACCUGCAACAUUUUCAGAAAUGUCUAAUUUUUAUAUGAACAUGUUCAAUUACUAAAAAGGCUGCAUCACUGUCUCCUGUCAGUGUCUUACAAGUAUGUUGAUUUAUACAUGCACACUGAAGAGAGAGAAGAAAAUCUUCCAAGAUAAAUUGAGGAUCAAAGACGUUGAAUGUAAAUUUCAUUUGGCUAAAUGCAGGUGUAUACACUGAACCUUUCAUCUGCC